UGUACGAGUACUUCGAUUCUAAAAAGAUCUCCGUGCUAGAUCACGCACACGACCGCAACACCACAGUCAAUAAAAUAAUCAGAGAAAAAAACGGGCCAUCCAACUCCAACGACCGCUGGCACGCUGCGAAGAGCCUCAAGAAAGGAUUUCUUGCAAUUUCAUCUGGACCGAAGAGGAACGAGGGCAAGACAUGGCACGUGGAGCUGUCCGACAAGUGCCAAGCGGUCCGUAACCACGCGUACUAUGCUAUGGCCGCUUGUGAGGGGAAUCCAACCAAGCUAAGAGAUAUUUUCAUAAACUGCGUAAACCAUUUUGAAGGUAAACACGAGAAAUGCAGCGAGGAAUCGAUUUGCAAAGAAAAUGGACAUGUCCCGACAACGCUGCUCGUGAAAGACCCGCUAGCGUCGGAACUUCUAACAAAAUUUCUGAAAUCAGCAACCAUCUACAAGAACGCGGAAGAUUACGUAAAGUCGAAGGAUAUAUAUGUAGAGUCAUUCAAUAAUACUAUGCUAAUUUACCUCCAGAAGAGGAUUCAUUACCAGGACAGAAGCUACAAACUGAGGCAGAGCUUGGCACUCCUAGACUGGAAUGAGCAUGUUGGGCGAGGCUACACUUCACGUUACUCUAUUGAGGACUGUCGUCAUCCAGACCUGCAAGGCGGGAAAAGGAAGUACUUCAGGAAGACAUACAGCUUCGUUCAAAAGAUUCGAGAGUUGGUGCUUCGGUCUGCUGCCCUGGGAGAUGCCAGCACGGUGAAUGACGACUCCCUUGUGAAUGACGAGAGUGUAUAACUUAUAGCUCGGGACAUCACUGGACAAGGGACAGAAAAAGCCAUUCCGCGGACUCAAAGAUGUACCUGUAAUUAUUAUGCAAAUAUACAAUUUUCAUGACAAUCUUUUGUCGUUGCCAAAUACAGAUG